AUGUUGUGUCGACAACGGUUCAUGCUCGUACUUGUAACAGUUCUGUUCAAUUCAUUAGCAUAUGCUCAACGUAAAACGUCUUUACGAAGUCCAUUGUCCUGCUUCAAAUGUACACAUCACGACAAACCACAGGAGAUGAAAGAAGCAGCUUGUAUGAAAAAGUUCGAUCCCAGUAAAUACACACAAGAAGAAUGUGUUAGUGAGAACGGACCAGGUAAAUGUCUGAAAUCCUAUGCCAAAACGGAAGCACGAACAAAGAAACAAAUUGAAGAUGACGAACGCUCAUUGACCAUACGGAAGUGCGUAUCACAAGGUGAACUCGAAUAUUUGAAAAAUGUUCGAAAUAUUGAUACAAGCGACGGUUGUCACACAAUACGUUCAACAAAGACCAAACAUAAAAAAAACAACGCUUAUAUGGUGCCAAAGAAACGAGUUAUCACCACUGCUGUUUAUCAAAAUCCUGCAGAACCUGCUAGGACACCGCUUUAUCACCAUACGCCGCCAGAUAAUCGAUCGCGAAGAAAGUUUCUGACAAAUUCAGAAAAAUCUGUCAUCGACGUGAAUUCAAAUGGUGGAAACGAUUUACCGGAAAAUUUCCAGGCUACUUUUAAACGCGUUCAACCUAAAGAACCUCCCCAAAGACAUAAUUCGAGAAAUGCACCACAUAAACGUCUUUCGAUACAACGUUUACACGUGAAUCCAACAAUCGAAUCGACAACAAUAAUAGCAGACGCGUCUAUGCAAGACAGACCUACAGCUAUCGGAAACAAACAUCCAUUUGUCCGCCCAUCUCAACAAGUGGAUAAUCGUCCAGUGGAGAUUACAGCACCAGCUGUGCAACCACCGAAGCCGAAUCGAGUAAAGCCAACAUCAACAGCAACAGUGACUCAUCAAACAGACCCGAGACAAGUGCGGAAACCCGUGAAAGUGCUUGAUUACGUGGAUAAAAUGCCGGGAGACUAUCGUGCUGUCAAUGGACAGAAUAGCACUCAAAAAACAGUAGUUGUUGUUGAUCGCCGCCCACGGGAAGUUGUACAAUCGCACGUUGAACCAUUGGUACAGUAUCCGAAUGGACAUAGAACAUAA